GGGACACAACCGACUUCCUUUAUGAAGACGGAAGCGACGUAAACAGAGUCAAGAUGCCUGGCAUGCAGUUUGAGUAUGAUGAGGAGGGGGGAACUUUCUACUAUUUCCUCCUCUCCUUUUGGGGUUUAGUCCUCAUACCGGCUACAUAUUAUCUAUGGCCACGUGCCAAAGCAAAAGAUGAAAUACAACAGUCGCGGGUCCAGUGUAGCUGUGAGCCGUGUCAGCUGAAGAAGACUCUGCUCAAGUCCAAGGACUCCUGGUUCCAUGCAAAGGACAAAUCCCUGAAAAUUGGUUUGAUAAUUGGCUGGCUGAUCUUUUUCCUGUUGGCCUACAAAGUGUCAAAAAUACAGAUGGACUAUGUGGAAUACGACCCUUUCCAGGAACUUGAAGUUGACAGAGGUGCCAGCCCGGGAGAGAUCAAGAAGGCCUACAGGAAGCUUAGUUUGAUUUACCAUCCCGACAAGCAAACUGGAGACCCCAAGAAAUUUAUGAGAAUAGCCAAAGCUUUUGCUGCACUGACAGAUGAAGAGUCUCGCAAGAACUGGGAAGAGUAUGGAAACCCUGACGGUCCUGGAGCUACCAGGUUUGGUAUUGCUCUGCCCAAGUGGAUUGUAGAGAGAGAAAACUCCAUGUGGGUGCUUGCUGCCUAUCUCCUGGUGUUCAUGAUCCUAAUGCCGAUCAUAGUGGGCAUGUGGUGGUAUCGGUCAAUCAAGUUCAGUGGAGAUCAGAUCCUGCUGGAUACCACCCAUCUCUACUUCUACUUCAUAAGCCGAACUCCAAACAUGAUUCUCAAACGUGCUGUAAUGAUCCUGGGAGCAUCAUUUGAAUUUGACCGCUUUCACAAUGCUGAGAUCGCAAACAGACCAAGUGACAAUGAAGAAAUUCCAACACUGAUGAAGCUGUUGCCGAACAUCCAGAAGGAGAACAAGAAGCCGCCGCUGUGUUACCCGUACAGCAUCAAGGCCCGCGCCCUCAUCCUGGCUCACUGCCAGAGGAUGCCCCUACCCCCUCUCAGCCUUGACCUUGACAAACAAUACAUCCUGAACAAAUGUCCAUACCUCCUGAAUGAGAUGAUCAACAUUUGUGCCCAGCAGGUUGCCAUGGCAAUGGCAGGAAGAUUGCAGCAGAGCCCCCGCCUGGACACGGUGGAGAACCUGAUGAAGCUGAGUCAGAUGAUCAUCCAGGGUCUGGAGGAGAAGGCCAGCUCACUGCUGCAGCUGCCUCACAUCACACAGGACAUGCUGAGACACUUCGUGGGCAAGAAGAGGAACAUUCGCGCCAUUCGUGACUUGGUGUCCAUGAAGGAGGAAGAUCGGAGAUCGAUGCUGCGUGGUCUGAAUGACAGUGAAUACAAUGAUGUGAUGAACGUUUGUGCCCACAUGCCCAAUGUCAUCAUGGAAGUCACAUCUGAGGUUCUUGAUGAUGAAGACAAAUCUAUCACUGCUGGAUCAAUUGUCACGGUAACGGUGAGACUGACACGCGAGGAUCUGGGCUCGAAGUUAAAUCGUGAGUUGCCAGCCUCCGAAGGUGUUGAAGAUGUUGGAGACAACGAUGGAGAUGAAGAGGCUGAGGAUGGUGAAGAGAAACAGACAAACGCCUCCCCCCAGAACAAGCCCAAGGUGUGGGAGAAGCAGAAGAAGAAAGGCAAGAAGGGAGGAGCCAAGCAGAAGAAGAAGACCAAGCAAGCCAACCAAUGGAAGGCUGCAGCUCCACCAGCCAAACCAGAAGCAGCACAGACGAACGGGAAAGCAGCUAAAUCAGCAGAAGCAGCAGCAGCAGCAGACGCCGCAGAUACAGCAGACGCAGCAGAUGAUGAUGAGCAUGAAGAUGUGCCCGAGAAAAAGCCACGAGACUCGCAUGCUGAGGACUCUGAGGAGGAGGAGAGGAAUGAGUCAGAGGAGGAACAGGAGGAGACAAAGAAGCCUCCUAAAGUGGAGGAAGAGGAGAAGGAUGAGGAGGAGGAAGAGGACUGGUCCAAGUUCCAAGAAGAAUCGAGGAAAGAGAACUCUCUAGAAACCAAGAGCAAGGAGAGCCAUAUUGUCCACUGCCCGUAUUUCCCUACAGACAAGCAGGAAUGGUGGUGGUUGUAUGUGGCGGACAGGAAGCAUCACCAUCUCAUCACCGCCCCCGUACAGAUUUGCAGCCUGAAGAAGGAGGAGGAAGUCCAGCUCAAGUUCUCGGCCCCACGCAAACCUGGCUCGUAUCAGUACUCCGUCAUCCUGCGCUCAGACUCAUACCUGCUCGACUUUGACAAAAUAUCCAACAUCAAGCUGGACGUGAAGGAGGCGAAGGUCGUGUCCGACCAUCCGCAGUGGGACAUCUCGGACGACGAGGCGGAGAAGGAGGAUGGCGCGGGAGAAGAUACAGAGGAAGAUAGCGACUACUCUUCCGAGGAGGAUGACGACGAUUAGGAGGGAUGGGGAGGAUGACAGGUGGGAGGUUGUACAGAAUGUUAUUGAUAUAUUAUCCAAGAGGGAUGUGUUUAGGCAGGGAGUAGGGGAGGAAUGCAGAAGAGGGUAAGGCAUAUAUGUAUUUCAUUAGAUUCGGAUGAGAAUGGGUGAAUAUGGGGGUAGGAUAAUAAUUAAGUGGGAGGGAUAAGUAAUUAUGGGAGGGAG